AUGGUGAUGUGGGUCGUGCCCAUGAGUUACGGUCAUGGUGACGACGUGCCGAUGGCUGGUGAUGAAACCGACGCGCCGGUAACUGAAAAUGUACCCAACCCACCCACGAGUGACGGUGAUGGAACUGGCUCACCCACGAGAAGCGGUGAUGGAACGGACCGAUCCACGAGUGACGGUGAUGGAACCAGUCCACCCACGAGUAAAAGUGAUGGAACCAACCCAUUCACGAGUAACGGUGAAGCAACCGGCCCACCUACGGGUAACGGUGAAGGAACCGGCCCACCUAUGAGUAAUGGUGAUGGAACCGACUCACCCACGAAUGAGAGCGAUGGAACCGGCCCAGCCACGAGUAACAGCGAUGGAGCCAACGUGCCUGGUGGUGAUGUACCAAACCCACCCAAUGGUGGCGAUGGAACGGACACACCCGAAUCUGGUUGGCAUGAAGCGCGUGCCACAUUUUAUGGUGACAUCAAUGGUGGAGAAACACAACGUAAGUUUACGUAG